AUGGAUUUAGCAGGCGCAGUUGAAAGUUUCAAAAAUUUAAAAAUGGAUUUAACCCUUCCAGAUACUGGUUUAUUAAUUGCAUAUUUUGCAAUUUGGACAAUGGCCAUUAUCCCAAUUUAUAUUGGUUCAUAUUUAUCAUUAAAAGAAACUAAAAAUGAAUCAAUGAGUAAAAGCGACGCCUAUACUUUCCCAAUCGUUGGUAGUAUAUUCCUUUUUGGACUUUACCUUUGUUUCAAAUAUUUCGAUAAAGAUUUAGUCAAUACAAUUCUUCAAUAUUACUUUUUAAUUAUUGGUACCUUUGCAAUGACAGGUGUUUUAAGUACAUUAUUUAGAUAUUUAGCUGGAAGCAACAAUAACACUAAAGAACCAAAGAAAUCAUUAAUUUCAUUCAAAAUUCCACACAUCAAAUAUGUUCUCGAUGCAAAAGAUGUAAAUAUCGAUAUUCCAGAUAUUAUUGCUUUCUUAAUUUCAGCUGCCUUUUCAGUUUGGUACAUUAAAACUAAAAACUGGAUUGCCAAUAAUAUCUUUGGUCUUACUUUUUCAAUUCAAGGUAUCAGUCUUAUUAGUUUAAGCGAAUAUUCAGUUGGUGUAAUUUUAUUAGUUGGUUUAUUCUUUUAUGAUAUCUUUUGGGUAUUUGGUACAGAUGUUAUGGUCACUGUCGCCAAAAGUUUCGAUGCCCCAAUUAAAUUACUUUUCCCAAAGAAUAUCUUUGCUGAAACUUUCCAAUUCUCAAUGUUAGGUUUAGGUGAUAUUGUUUUACCAGGUAUUUUCAUUGCCUUACUUUUACGUUUCGAUAGACACCUUCACCAAGAAAAAAAAACCAAAGGUAAAGGUCCAAUGAAAACCACUUAUUUCUCAAGUACUUUAGUUGCUUAUGCUUUAGGUUUAUUCACCACAAUUUUCGUUAUGCACGUUUUCAAAGCUGCUCAACCUGCUUUAUUAUAUUUAGUUCCAUUCUGUGUUGGUUCAUCAUUACUUGUUUCUGCCGUUAAAGGUCAAUUCAAAAAAUUAAUUUUCUCAAAUUUAAAUGAAGAAGCCACUGCUUCAACUUCAAAGAAAACAAACUAA